AUGCCAGGGGCUGCUGCGGAGUAUUCGGAUAAUAGUGGUGAAACAAAAGAUUUUCCUCUCAAAAAGAAAACAACAGAACUUCAGGAAUCACAGGGAGACUAUGGAAAAGAUGAACCGUCCUCAUUCAAGAAACUUGUGUCGCACUAUGCAGCCACUACUACUGCACAUGGUGUGGGGAGGAUAGCGGACGCGAAGAGUUCAUUAGUGAGGCGUUUGAUAUGGAGUUUGGUCAGUGUUGGUCUGUACGCAACAGUGUUUUGGAUGUGUAUUGCCUUAGUUGUAUUAUACAUGAAAAAACCAGUUGUGUCCAGAACAGAGAUGAGCUUUGAGGAGUCCCUGGACUUCCCUGCAAUCACAAUCUGUAAUUUGAAUAUGAUAAGGAGAGAAAAGCUGGAAACACUGCAAAAAACAAUCCUUCUCCGAGUGAUUGAAGGCCUGGAACAACGAAGUGGGAGAAGACCGACCAGUCUAGAACAGCGAGUUAACAUUACAAGCAUAAACGCAACCGAAGAUGUUAUACGACAGAAAAUUCAGGCAAUAGAAAAAUUUAAGAAGGAAUAUCUUCUAUCCAAGGCAAAGAACGCAGACGAGAAGGAAAUUUUAUCCAACGCUGAGGUGGAUAUUAAAAGCUUAGAAAAUAACUUCUUAGAUAAGGUUUUGAAAAGUAUCCCUGAGGAUGAGCUGUCCAAGGUUGGACAUGAUCUGGAUGAGAUGUUAAAGUACUGCCGAUGGUCGUCUUUUAAUUGUAAAACAGGUAGUCUCAGAACGCUUUGGCGCCACUUCUGGCAUUGGAAGUACGGUAACUGUUACAUAUUCAACUCAGGAUUAACUGAGAAUGGAACAAAGCUUCCUGUUAUGAAUACGGAUAGAGCUGGACCUAAUAACGGUCUAGAGUUGGAUAUCUUCAUUAAUCAACAAAGUUAUACAAGGUUGACUGAUGAGGCUGGUGUCAGAGUUGUAUUAACCGACCAAUCGCGAAUGCCUUUUCCGUUUGACGAAGGCUUUAGUAUUCCCACUGGAUUUGCAACGUCGAUUGGAAUCAAAAGGAAAUUCGUUAAAAGAGUAGAUCCGUAUCUAAACAACAGCUGUGUUGACGAUGGGAAAGCCGGAGUGGAUACUCGGACCAUUUACACAGAAAAGUACUACGUAAAUUACUCGACCCAGGCUUGUAGAAUGUCGUGUUUAGCAUCCGAAGAAGUCGAGAGAUGCAACUGCUCCGAAGCAAGAUUUCCCAUCAACAGUUCAGCAUGUUUUAGUGAGGAGCAGAACAAAUGCAUUAACGAUAUACUAAGAAAGUUCACAAAAACUGGACUGGAUUGUAUCGCUAAAUGUCCACAACCAUGUUUAGAGAACGCUUUCAGUCGUUCAAUUUCAAGUGCACGCUGGUCAACGGCAUUUGAUGCCAUGAUUCGGAGGCUUUAUCUCAAGAAUCACCCCAAGGCAAAAGACAUCGCGUUAAGGGACAAUUUUCUAAGACUGCAAAUAUUUUAUGAAGAUCUGAGUGUUUUUAAAACCAUCAACGAAGAGGCAUACAAGAUCGAAAACCUCCUCGCUGAUAUCGGAGGUCAGUUGGGCCUGUGGAUUGGUUGUUCAGUUAUGACUUUUGUAGAAUUAUUAGAAUUCAUGGCCAACUUGUUGGGUUACCUGUGGGAAAAGUGGCAUAAGUAGUUGUCAAGCAGAAGAGGAAAAUAGCAACUCAGGAAGCUCUGAGCCCUCUGAGCUUAAAUCUUCGCGUGGCACGUUUAUUUUUUGUCUUGUAUCAGUCUCUUUUAACAGUAUUUUUUGUUUGUUUGCAAUCAGUUAGCCAACAGUGUAUGUAAAAGUUAAUCUGGAGUGUGUGACCUUUUAAUAGUACUCGGUUACUGAAUUGGCUAAAUAAGAAAAUUCCUAGAAAGCUGGAGUAUGCGAGGAACAAACUUUAUGAAACUUUCUUAAUAAUUUAAACCUAUGAGAAAGGUUUUCAGAGCGCAUUUCUUGCCCUUACUUAGUGAACGGAAAUGCCUUUUAGUGUUUGCCAAUACCGUAUUAAUGAGUAAAGAGGGUUCCCAAUACAAGAAGAUGCUUAAGAUUAAAGAAUGUCUUUAGGUCUGAUGCAAAGUCAGAAGACAGGGUCAGUAUAAAUGCGUCGAGUAUAUAUAGUGGAUUAUCUCACAAACUACAUGGAUAUGAGCGCGGUAACCCGUGAUACGUUACGAAACAAGACAACUAAGAACUCCAUGUGAACUUUAAAAUAACUGAUAUCAAUAAAGAUAAAGAACUUUCAGUGACCCAUGGCAAACUCUGAGUUACAAAAAUGGAUAUGCCUUACUUUUGGCCAAAAUACUGCUGAUGCAGAAACAUUUUGAAUCAGCAGAUGACCGAACACCUGGUUUUCCCUAUAUACUAAUAAAGUGAUUUCCCUCGGACAAGCUUACGACUUACGAGGUAGGAAAAUACUAGAACUUCGAAAACCAUGUUAUCAUGGCACAAUCAUGCCGGUCAUUUGCACUCAUUAUACAACAAAUUUUUAUUGAACAAUAUCAUACAGAUUAUUUUGUCAGAAUUAAUGUGACAAGUUAAAUACCCUGUUUACAAAUGAUGUCUCUUUCAAGCAGGGAAUAGGUG